AUGUAAACAAAUGUAUUUGUUAUCGACUUGCUAUCAUUCAAAUUGAAUUUCUGGAAGGGAUCAUGGCCACCACCGGCGUGCUUCAUCCCACCUAUGUGAUCCUCGGCUCCGGCGGCCACACGGCCGAGAUGUGCCGACUGACCCAGGCGCUGCUGCAGCAGGCGGACAUCCAGCAGGCGAAGAAGUACCAUCCCAUUCGCCUGAUCCUGGCCAGCAGUGACUCCACCUCGGAGCAACAGUUCAGGCAGGCCCUGCCGCAGGCAUCCCGAUCGGUGGCAUCGGAGCGGGUGCCGCGCAGCCGCAGCGUGGGCCAGUCCUGGCUGAGCAGCAUCUUCACCACCCUGUGGGCGCUUCUCUGGAGCUGCUACCUGGUGUGGCGAGAUCGCCCCCAACUGAUUCUCUGCAAUGGACCCGGCACCUGUGUGCCCUUCUGCUACGCAGCCUACUUGUGGCGCCUCCUCGGACGCCUGCCCUCGCACUCCAGGAUCGUCUUUUUGGAGAGCUUUUGUCGCGUGGAGACGCUCUCGCUGAGCGGACGCCUGCUCCUGCCGCUGGCGGAUCUCUUUGUGGUUCACUGGCCGGCACUGGCCACGCGUUACGCUGAUAAAAAGAACUUGCGAUAUUACGGCCGCAUCUUGUAACAUAAUUUGUAUUCACAGAGGAUUAACAAACGAAAAUGUAAUUGGUACUUAAACGGUACACAAAAAAUAGAUAUAUGUAUAACGUA